AUGGACUUCAAUGACAAAGUGCAGCUUGGGGAGGAUUAUGGCGAUGCGAGAAAGGAGACCUCUAGCCUUUUCUCUGAUCCACUCAAACUUGCCACGGACCUGCUCAAAGACUAUGCAGGUGUCCGAAGCCAGGCUUCUGUCGCGGACAUCGUAGGCCUCAUUAACGAUUUGGCACACAAGGGAGAGCCUCUCGAUGAUAAGAAAGGAACGACUGAAUUGCUGAUUGGCAUUCUCACUUCGUUGCCAUCUACAUCAGCUGCACGCACCCAGCUCACAAACAAAUUCAUCGACACUCUCUGGAGCAAUCUCCAACACCCACCCCUCAGUUACGUUGGCGGUGACGUCAAAUAUGAGGUAGUGAAUUCUCAAGAUGGUGCUACUGCCCAGCAAAGCGGCAAGCCAUACGAUGUCAUUGAAUUCAAAGCUCCUGAUAGCGAUGUGAUUCUCCGUGAGCAGGUGCCUGUGGCGCCCAACGGGAUGCAUCAGUAUCGCAUGCCUGAUGGGAGCUUCAACAAUAUCAUGGAGCCGCAUCUGGGCAAGGCUGGAACACCCUACGCGAAGACAGUUCGCCCUCAGAAACGUCUUCAUGGUGUCAAGCCUGAUGCUGGACUUCUCUUUGAUCUAUUGAUGGCCCGUGGUGACGAAACUUUCAAAGAAAACCCGGCUGGUAUCUCGUCCAUGCUGUUUUACCAUGCUUCGAUCAUCAUCCAUGACAUCUUUCGCACCAAUCGAACAGACAUGAAUAAGUCGGAUACCUCGUCGUAUCUUGACCUAGCUCCCUUGUAUGGGUCAUCUUUGAGAGACCAGCUUGAGAUCCGCACCAUGAAGGAAGGAAAACUCAAGCCGGAUACUUUCCACGAGAAGCGCUUGCUGGGACAGCCAGCAGGCGUGAACGUCAUGCUUGUCUUAUACAGCCGCUUUCAUAAUUAUGUCGCCGACAUUCUUCUCAAGAUUAAUGAGAACGGCCGCUUCACUCUGUCGUGCCCGGAUGGGUCGAGCCCAGAGGACAAAGCCAAAGCAGUCGCGAAGCAGGACCAUGACCUCUUCAACACGGCUCGUCUGAUUGUCGGUGGGUUAUAUAUCAACAUCUGCUUGCAUGAUUACCUUCGAGCCAUCACCAACACUCAUCAUUCCAAGAGUGAUUGGACGUUGGACCCUCGUGUUGAGAUCGACAGUAAGCAGUUCGACAGUGAUGGCGUUCCACGAGGCGUUGGAAACCAGGUCAGUGUUGAAUUCAACCUUCUCUACCGGUUCCAUUCCUGCAUAUCCAAAAAGGAUGAAAGGUGGAUCAACAACUUCUUCCUGAAGCUAUUCCCCGGGCGCAAUCCCGAUGACUUGCAGCAUGUGAGUUGGGGUGACCUCGGGCAAGCUCUCAUGGCCUUCGAGCAAAGCAUCCCGAAGGACCCAAGUGUCCGUACAUUUGACAGUCUGGAACGCCAGGCCGAUGGCACUUUCAAGAAUGAAGACCUCGUCAGAAUUCUCAAGGAGGCCAUGGAUGACCCGGCUGGCGUGUUUGGCGCUCGCAUGGUUCCCAAGGCCCUCAAGAUUGUCGAAGUUCUCGGCAUCAAUCAAGCACGCAAAUGGCAGGUCGCCUCCUUGAAUGAGUUCCGGGAAUUCUUCGGCCUCAAGAAGUACGACAAGUUCAGCGAAAUCAAUUCCAACGCGGAGAUUGCCGGCAUUCUGGAAAAGCUCUACACUGAUCCCGACAUGGUUGAGCUGUACCCAGGUCUCAUGGUGGAGGACAGCAAGCCGUCUCGAGAUCCAGGCUGCGGCAUCUGCCCAACAUAUACUGUGGGACGAGCGAUAUUGUCUGAUGCAAUUACGCUUGUCAGGUCCGACCGGUUCAACACUCUGGACUACAAUGUCGCAAACCUGACCAGCUGGGGUUACAACGAAGUGCAGCAGGACCCCAAGACACUCGGCGGAUCAAUGCUAUAUAAGCUGAUCCAAAGAGGUGUCCCCGGAUGGUUUCCCUUCAAUUCAGUUGCAGUCAUGCAGCCGAUGUAUACAAAGAAAGCCAACCAAAGGAUUGCUGAGAAGCUUGGCACAAUUGACCAGUUCACUCUCGACGAUCCCAAACCUCCCCCAACCAUGAUCGUCCUCUCAACCCAAGCUGCCAUCAAGCAGUGUCUGGAAUCCCAGGACUUUGCCCUUCCCUGGCUCAAGCCGUUGAAUCUCAUGUUCCCGGGAAAGAAAGACUAUGGUUGGUACAUGCUGGCUGGUAGUGAACCGCGCAAUAUCGCCCACCGAGAUAGUUUCUCCAAAGCACUGGGCAAGCUCCCCAACUUGAACAAGGCUCUCGCGGAGAUGGUUGCGAGAGUGGGAGCAGAGACGAUCGAGAAGGAGAAAUUCACCCUCCAGCAGGGACUAGACCAGAUCGAUAUUCUUCGCGAUGUCGCCAUUCCAGUCAGCACUCGCCUGCUUGCAGACUUGUUUUACAUGGAUUUGCGUUCCGAAGAAAAUCCAGAUGGUCUAGUGGGAACGGCCGAGCUGUACAAGCAUCUGUUGAACAUUCGGAUCUGGGGUGCCUCCAACAAUGAUCCCGGACAGGCGUGGAACCGCCGUCGCCGUGCUCAAGAGGGAACACAAUUCAUAGCAAAUUCAACCCGUAAACUCGUCGAUGAAGUCGUCACUCAUCGAGGCUUUGGCUUGGGAAUUGCCUCUGCUCUCUCAACCCGGUUUUCUCGUAGAGCUUAUCUGAAGCCUGGAUCUCUGAGAUCUUGCGGGUAUCAGCUAGUUGAUGAACUACUUGCUCAGGGGAAUUCGCCAGAACUGACGGUGGAUAGCUUGUGGCUCACUGCUUUUGGUGGCGUGGGCGUCAUAUCGACAGUGUUUUAUGAGAUUUUGGAGUUCUUCCUGCGCCCUGGAAAUGCAUCUAUCUGGGCCGAAGUUCAGUCACUGGCCCAUAAGGGUGACGACGAGACGCUUCGCGCAUAUGUUAUUGAAGCUCAGCGUCUCACCACCACUCAGCGCAACAUGCGUGUUGCGACCAAGCCGGUGGAACUGGAAGGGAAGAAGAUCCAGCCAGGAAACGUAGUUGUCAUGCUGCUUGGCACGGCUGCUCGUAACACAGAUGAGGUCCCCAACGCGGAUAAAUUCGAUCACAAGCGUGCACCUGUCAAUAUUGGCCCGUUCAGCCACGGUCAGCAUGGAUGCCUCGGAAAGCAGAUUGCUCUUACUUUCGUGACCGGAAUGAUCAAACUUGUUGCCGACCUCAAGGAUCUACGCCCUGCGCCAGGUCAGAUGGGCCAGGUCAAGUCGAUCCAGGUAGGUUCUGACAAGGCAUACCUGAAUGACAGUUGGUCAUACCUUUCAUUUGAUCCAAGCACCUGGAAGCUCCAUUUCGACGGCCGUGGCAAAGGCACCUUCGAAGGGGAGAGGAACCCAACAACAGCCCUGCCAAUGCAGCAGUAUUAUUACUUGCUUCAAAAGCGCAAGGCUGAGCAGAUUGACUGA